UUACUGAACCUUCCAAUCAUAAGACAAAACAUAAUUGGAAUGUGAGACCUUGCUCGUCACCAUCAAGCAUGGGGGAAGUAUCUCAAAGGCAAGAUCUAGAGACUGCAACAUCAACUAACAUCAUUCCAAGUCAGUUCGAUGAGCUAGCACCGGCUUUUUGCACAAGUGAAUGCUUGGUGGAUCUUCAGCAAGAUGAUGAUUAUGAAAUUGCUACUUUCCCUUCAAGCUCACAGGUUCCUGGGCCUAAUGAUGCAAAGAUGUCAUCAUAUCAAUCAUCCAGGGGUAACAUUUUCGAUGAAUCCAGUUGGCAAACAGUUCUGAGACCUUAUUUAUUUAGCAACCAACACCAUAAAUAUUGUGAAAAGACUCAAAAACAUCUUCCUUCCAUUAAUUUGUGGGAAAGUACAUCCCUUUCACUUGAGCGAGUCCAAUUACUUGGAGACAAUGCAACGUUGAUUGGAAGGCCCCUUCAGCCUGCUCCUGAUAGACAGAAUGAUCCCGAAGUAAGUUCUUUACUUAACUUUAUUCUGAUAUUCUCGUGUGCAUACAUCAUAUCUGGUUUUCUUUUAUAUCAAAUGUGUUUAUUUCAACUUCCUAUCCAAAUCUGGUAUAAGCUUCUCAAGUCUCAACAGCUGGAAUCAUCUACAAGACAUUUGGGGGAUGGUUCCUCUACUUCCAGCGGUUCGGGAUCUUCUGGACCAAUUUUCUCGAGUAGAAAACGAAUUACAUGGACUCAAGAUCUUCAUGAGAAGUUUGUCAAUUGUGUCAAUAGCCUUGGUGGUGCUGUAGAAGCAAAACCAAAGGCCAUACUGAAGAUGAUGGAAACAAAAGGAUUGACCAUCGUUCAGGUCAAAAGUCACUUGCAGAAAUAUCGAUCUGACAAGUACUUGUCAGAAUGGAAACAAGAAAAACCUACAAUCAACGACAUGCCUCAACUUGUCUUCUCUUCUAGAAUUAGCAUGGGAAUCCAGGAGGCACUGCAACUGCAGCUAGAUAUUGAGAAGCAUCUUCACGAACAGUUAGAGAUUCAGCGAAAUCUACAGCUGCAAAUUGAGGAAAAUGGGAGGCAGCUGAAGCUACUGCUGGAGCAACAACAGAGAACAAACAAAAGGCUACCCUAAAAACUUGAGGCUGAAAAGCCUGCGACUUGCAGCAUCCAUUAAUCUACCAUGAAGAUGUUAGAAUUUCAACCGCGGAAUACCGGCUUCUCAUUUUAGUUCAGUUUAAUCAAGUUUAUAUACGUGCAGCAAUAAAAUUCCAAAAAGACUCGCCAUCUGCAAGGAUUAACACUUGUUUAAUGGAAAGAAAGCCUUAUUUGGUCUGCUUUUACAUGUAUCAGCUAUGAGAUGUGAGAUGCUG